GGAAUAUAAUUAGAACUAAUCAUUAGCAGCGACGAGGAAAUGUAGGAUAAAACUCUGUAUUUAUGACACAAACAGCUGAUCACUACUGCUUUCCCCAGCGCCAUGGCAGAUGCUUUAUUGGAGUCAGACACAAACUCUAAUUCCUCGAGUAACCACACAGGUUUAAUCCUGACAGCACCACUCAGCUGCAGCAACGAUGAGUCAUACAAGUACAUCAUCUUACCCCUGUGCUACUCUGUAACAUUCUUACUCAGUGUCGUCCUAAACUCCACUGUUCUUUUGCGCUCAUACCGUUGUUCCCGCCAAUGGAAUACCUCACUAAUUUAUAUGGUCAACCUGGCAUCCACGGACUUAAUGUACAGUUUGUCUCUGCCGCUUCUGAUUGCAAGUUACGUCAUGCAUGACCACUGGGUGUUUGGGGAUUUUAUGUGCAGACUGGUUCGCUUCCUCUUUUAUUUUAACCUCUACUGCAGCAUCUUUUUCCUCACCUGCAUCUCUGUGCAUCGCUACUUGGGUAUCUGUCACCCCAUCAGAACCAUCACGCUGGAGAGCAAGCGUGCUGCCAAGAGCACCUGUGCUAUGGUGUGGGUCGUGGUGUUCCUGCUCACCUGUCCAAUUUUCCGUUUCGCUCAAACUGGUGACAUGCCCAGGGUGGAUGGAAAUGGAAAGAAUGCAUCUGUGGGAAGUGAGUCAAAAAAGGACGGCCCUGAGAUGUUUAAGAACUGUUUUGAUGUUGCAACAGAUACUGAGUUCUUGGAGUACAUUCCAUAUGGAAUAGUUCUUCACCUUUUAGGCUUUUUUGUUCCUUUUACCGUCAUAGCAUGGUGUUACUCGCAGGUGGUUCGAACCAUCUUUCAGACCUUGCACUCACAACCUUAUAUGCAGGAGAGUGGUGAAAAUGAAAGAGGCCCCACCAAUCAGACCUCAAUCUCGAUCUCUGGCUCUCAGCACGCACCAUAUAUCAGCAGGCGCCGCAAGUCCAUCAAAACAAUCGUUUCCAUCACCUUCUUGUUCGCCCUGUGCUUCCUGCCAUUCCAUAUCACCCGGACGCUGUACCUCAUCCUUAAACAGAAAAAUGCACAGUGCCAAACCAUGCACGCUAUCUCUGUCUGCUAUAAAGUCACUCGACCCCUGGCGUCAUUCAAUUCGUGGCUCAACGCUCUACUUUACUUUCUUACUGGGGACAAUGCCAUCUCUUGCUGUGGACUGACAGAAACCAGUCAUCACAUGCACCAUGUCUGGCCAUCAAGGGCUCCUGGAGGACUGAGAAAGGAGUCUGUGGCUGAAAAAGGAGAACAAGGGGAAAAACAUACAAAUCAUACUCAAAAGAGAGACUUUAAACCAUCAGAACUCACACAAAGAACUGGGAACAUAACCAAACCUUGUGCAUGGUGGAUUUCCUAUGAACUGUCUGUAUCUGAAUAACAUUUCAUUAUGUAUUUAUUUUCUAUGUACAAGUUCUCUAUCAAAAGAGCAAGAAUAAUAUUUGUUAUUCAGAUUCCUUGUGCUGAUGUUGUCAUAUAUAAGCACCUCAUUGCUUAGUAUGUGG